AUGGCCAGCCUCACGGUCUACAGCACCUCGGUGACAGGCUCCAGAGAGGUGAGUGGCGCGCCAGGGAAGGUGAGCUGCCUCGCCGAGCGGCUGGCUUCUCCCCCGCCCUCCUGGCACUCCGAGGCGGAGCUUUUCCGCCAUCCCUCUGCAGCGUGCGCUCCCCUUUCUUGCUCCCUCUCCCUUCCCCGCCCCCAUGCAGCUGGCUGCCUUUUCAACCCCCACGUCCUCCCGCUUGACUUGAGCCCCCCGUUUCUUGCCCCCUCCCUUCUAGACGGGCUUCUCUUUCAUAGGGGAUUCUUUCUCUAUCCAGAUGCUACAGUCAUCUUGUUUUCUCCCCCAAACCCCGCGGGUGAUCUAUGAGAAACCGGAGGGGAAUCCAAACUGGGAGCCCCUCCAGUUCUCUGAUGGCGGAACGAACCAGAAUGGGAGGUCCAGAUCUCCCUUCCCAUUUGAAAGAGGAUUUCUCCCCGCAGCCUUCCGCAGCCCAGUGUCUUCCUUGAACAACACAACGCCAGGCUGAUGGGAGUUGUAGUCGAGAACAUCUGGAGGGGACCAGUUUUUUUCUAGAGGUGGAUCCUCCCUUCCAGAUGCAGUCUGAAGCAGCAGCUCCCUCCCCCCGCAUUUCUGAAGCAGCCCUGCCCUCUCCUCGAUGUCUAGAAUCCUGCCAGCGCUGGCAUUUGUACCUACUGGGCUUGGUCUGUAUUUGGAGAGAAGUGGAACCUCCUCCCUCACAAAGCAUGGCUGGUCUCGCAAUCUCUGCCUCUGGCUCUUUGUUUUGCAUUGAGCAAUAUGAGCAGGCUGUGUUCCCAUGUGUGACCUUCCCUGUGUAUCAAAUCCCAGAACAGGGUGAUUAAUCUCCCUCUCACCCCCCCUCCCCCUUUGUGUGUUCUGCAGAUCAAAUCUCAGCAGAGCGAAGUGACCAGGAUCUUGGAUGGAAAGAACAUCAAAUACACCCUGGUGGAUAUCUCCCAGGAUAACGCCCUGCGGGACGAAAUGAGGGCCAAAUCGGGCAACCCAAAAGCCAUCCCUCCCCAGAUUUUCAAUGGGGACCAUUACUGUGGGGUGAGUGGUUGGUGCAGAAAAAAUUAUUUCACUCCCUGGUCAAGGCUAGUAGUGAAGAGAUGAGUUGGCUGUUCACAAGAGGCGUGACUGGUGUGCCACCCCCCGGACAAAUUCUGAUAUAUAACUAUAGAUCUGAAACCUGUAAGACCAUUCAUAUAUUUAAUGGCCUUCAAGAGGCCUUUAGUUUGAAGCCUUGAAUGCAGACCAGACCUAUGUGUGCAUAUACAUGUGUGAGUAGGCCUGUGUGCCUUAAAAGAGUAGGUCUGUUGCUUAAGUCAGGGGCCAAAUGCAGCCCUCCAGGCCUCACACACACACACACCCCGGUCCUUGGGACUUUCCCUACUUUACUGGGGAUUGAACCUGGGACCUUCUGCAUGCAAGACCAAUGCUCUGACACUGAGCUAUAUGUGUAAACUUCUUGUUGCCCUGCCCAUUUUUUCUUCUGGCCCUCAAUCUGAAAAGAUCACACGUACACACAAACACACACAAACGUGGCUUAAUGAAUGCCUACCCUGGUUUAUGUACAAGGUUCUUUAUGGCCCUAUGAAUGAGUUGCAUUUACAGCUUUUAAAGGCAAGGCCUGCUUUGUCAUUCUAGCCCUAUUGUAGUCUGUCCAUGGUUAUGCCCUAGCAGGCUCUAGUGGCUGGUAGGAUGGAAGGCAGGGAGACUAACACUAGGUGGGGCUAGAGACCAGUGACAGGCAGAGCCCCCACCCCAUGUCUGGUUGUAAGUAAGAAUGCGGCAGGCAGGUAGGUAGGGCUGGCUGAGGGCAGGCUGGGGUUGAUGGGGUGAUGCCCCAUAUGCCUGAAUGGACCUAAUUAGAUUUGUGGGUAAUGCAUGUAUAAUGCUCAGGUGCGAGUUGGGUUAUAUGUGAGCCUCAUGCUUUUUUUCAACUCAUUGUAGUAAAUGUUCACUGCAAAAAUUACAAAUGUAGUAUAUGCGCAGUGACGUAUUAUUUUAGAGAUUUGCAAGUUGACCAACAUUUGAGCUUUUGGGCUCCUUCCCCCCAAAUGGGCUUUUUUGAAUGUCCCUUGGGUGAAAAGCCUACCCUGGCUAUUUGUGGACAUUUGUGUACUUAAAAUGGCAUUUGCUAUUAUGACAUCCCUGGGGUGCUGCUCUUUUGAGGUGACAUGCCGUUGCCAUCUGACAUCUUAGGAGCAAGCAAAGGUUCAUGCCCUCCUUUUGUCAUCAGCUGCUUGUUGCAAAGUGCUUCGGAAUGUGUGGCGAGCAGCGGGUUAAGUUAGGAAAUAAAAGUGAAUCAGAGGCAAUGUGCCUCUGAAGACCAGCUGCUGGGAAUUACAAAUGGAAAGAGUUGCUGUUGCACUUGGGUCUAUUUGUAGCCAUCCUGUAGCCAUCUAGUUGACCAACAGGGCCCCUUUUGAAUCAGAGCUAGGCUAAACUGUGUUUUUUAAUAUUAAAACAAAACUUUGUUCUUGAGCCUCUUCUAGGUAGAUAUGUCAGUGGACUACUAACUGUGCCCUCCCUGUCUGGAAUAGAUCUUGGGAUCAUAAGGAUCCUUUCUCUCCUCCCCACCUCGAGGAUUCCCUGAUAUGACAGGGAAGCUGUGGCCCUCCAGAGGUUACUGAACCCAAGUUCCCAUCAGCUCCAGCCAGCCUACUCAGUGGCCAGGGGUGAUGAUAGCUGUAUUUGCAUUCCAAAUGGAUCAUUUUCCAACCUCCUAAGUCCUUGUCAGCCCUAUCCUGGUCACAUGUUCUCCAUCCUCAAGGUAUGGGGAGCCUCUAUAAAUGGAAACUAGACUGCUGCCAACAGUGCUUGGCUCUCCUUCAUUGGAGGUGCCAGAGGACCAUCUAUCAGCCUGUGUUGUUCCAUCCCAAGGCUAUAAUUCCCUGCCAUGUUAAUAACACCCAGAAGUGACAGAUUCCAGAUCAGAAGUCAUUUCCUGUGUCACUUGUGAAAGCUCCCUUUGUAACACCCAGCUAAUAGGAAGCCUUGUUUGGUGAAAAGGGGCUUUUCAGCCAAGAGCCACCCAUAGGGAUUGUGUCAUAUACAUCAUUAAAUAAGCUUCAUCCUCUCUGUCUGGGGACAGAUUUCCAGUGUGGUACUUGGGCCAAGUUCUGAACGACUUUUAUGCUUUAGGACUGGGGGGUGAGAGAGAUUUGAAAGAGAGUUGCUUUCUGUUGGACGGUUUUUUGAAAACUCUGAAGCCAAGGUGCUUGAUUCUGUGGUUAUCCUCCCUCCGCAACCCUUGUUCCUGACCGCACACCAGUGCUCGCUUAGUCUCUGGGUCACUUCAUCUGUUCUAAACUCUGCCUGUCUUUACAGACAGGAGGUGAUGACCAUUGUUUACGGCAACCACUUUUUCUGAAACAAAAUUUUAAUAAUGAGCCUCUGGUUAACUGUGGUCCCUACUCUUUCUGCUUCUGAUGAGCCUCUUGAGUGUGUGAGCAGGUUGCAGAAUGGAGCAAGCUAAAUUUGGGAGCACAGAGGCUUCUUCGGUGGUUGGUGCAGGAUUUCUCAUACAACUCUCUUGACUUUUGUUGAGUACUCUGUUCAAAGGCUUUCUGUAUCAUGUUCCUGUGCCUUGAUGAGAAAAGAGUUCUGUUGAGCUUCUUGCCCUAGUAGCAAGAAGCUCAACAACUGCACUAUACAUUUAACGCAGUAUCAUACCACUUUAGACAGGUAUGAUGGCUUCCCCCCAAGAAUUUUGGGAACUGUAAUUUGUUAAGGGUGCAGAGUGUUGUUAGGAGACCCCCAUUCCCCUCUGAGGCCACAAUUCCCAGAGUGGUUUAAGCAUCAAUCCCUUCCUCCCAGGGAACUCUGGGAAUUGUAGCUCUGGGGAAAUAGGUGGUCUAACAAUUCUCAGCAUCCUUAACCAACUACAGCUUCCAGGAUUCUUUGGGGGAAGCCAUGACUAUUCAUAGUGGCAUGAGACUUCUUUAUAGUGCAGAUGGGGCCUCAGAGGCUUCUAGCUUUCUAUUACAUAUUGCCUUAUUAUUGACUCUGUAUUUGAGUUUUGUUUCUUGCUUCUCCCAUCCGGCAGGACUACGAACUGUUUGUGGAAGCAGUGGAACAGAAGACCCUGCAGGAGUUCCUCAAGCUAGCCUGA